AAGAGGUAUAAAUCCACUGAAGAGGAAGACUCUGAAAAUUUACAAAUAAAAAAUUAAAUUAAUAUUAGCAGAAGAAAUGAGUUUCAUGCAACCGAGUCCCGUCAAGUACGCGUGCUCCUGCGGCAUACUGAACCCCAUCAACAAGCUGUUCUUCUGCCGCCACUGCCCAAAGUUGAGAUGCGGAUUUUGUGUGUGCCACGAAAUCGAGUCGCACUUCUGCUCCAAUUGCCUGGAGAAUAUCCCUUCCUCGGAAGCGCGUCACAAGAAGAACUGCUGUGCCAACUGCUUCGACUGUCCAUGCUGCCAGCACACGCUCUCGGCCCGCGCCGCCACCGUUCCAGUGGUGCGCAAGUCUGAGGAGACCAAGGACGGAGAAAGUAAGGAGUCACCUUCUGCGGCAGCCACACCCCCAGCUACGGCCAGCAGCAAGCCGUCGGCCAUACCCACAACCAAGAAGAUAUACUAUUUGUCAUGUCUGUCAUGCCGCUGGACAACGCGUGACGUCGGCAUACCAGACCAGGGUGUGGCCUCCGGCACCUGGCCGGACAACGAGUGCCUGUACCAGGCGCGCUUUAACACUCUCGUAGACUACUACCAGUCGAUAGUGCUGCAGGAGAAGCAGGAAAAGCUGGAGUUUAUGCGACGCAAAGCGCCCAAGCAGCACAAGUUCCCCAGCCUAACCGAUCGCACUGGCCUCACUGUGUCCCUGAUUCGCCGACAGAUCGGGUGGAACGAAAAAAGUAUUCCGAAGGCGAAGGCAAUCAGCAUCACGCCAGCCGAGGCCACUGCAGAUGUGGGUGGCCUUCCAGAGGACAUCUUUACGGAGCCUCUGAAUCUUCGCAACAUAACAACGAUUGCGCAGCGCCACGGCCAGCCGGGAGAUCAGCCCACUGCUGUCAGCAACCUUUAUCCGCAGCGACGUUCGCUCUGGAUCAAGCGAUCGCUGCGUUGCCGCCAGUGCGAGCAUAAUCUGAUAAAGCCGGAGUAUCAUCCGACAUCGAUCAAGUAUCGCAUACAGCUGUUCGCCAGCUACCAUGUUCCCGAGGUGCUCAUGGUGCGCUGCGAGCAACCGCUCCAGCCGGGCAAGGCCAAUGCCAUACUCUUGAAGUUCUCGAAUCCAACCAUGUACGACAUGACUAUACGGAUUCUGAGUGCACUUCCACCGGAGGAGUCACUUAUUACUUCUGAGGCCUUCCAACAGGCCUGCAAGAUUAAGGAGGAGGCGGUCACAUCGUCUCCACUGGUGCGGUCCAUCGGACUAACCCUGUCCCGACAAAAUUCGACCCGAGAAGUGAAGCGCGAAGUGGAAGAUGUGACCAAUGCUGAGAUUGUGCCACUCGAGAGCGAGUUUGUGUUAAGCCAACGGGACGAUUCCAAGGAGUUCGACGAGGACGUGCAGCUGCCAACCGAAGAGCCCAAGUUUAUUGUCUGGCGCAAGGGCAACAAGGUCCUGAUUAGACUGCAGUUCACACCAGCAGCUGAGCUGUCGUCUGGCACUGACGUCAUGCUGGGCUUCUUUAUGCAAUACACUUACGUCAACACAGUGUCCAAUGCGUCCGAAAAGAAGGAGCCCACGACCCACGCCCUCCACUCCAGGAUAUUUAUCAAUGCGGGCGCCACGGAGAAGGCAAACUGAAAUUACUUACAAUAUGUGUAUAUGGCAUAGUAAUUGAACUUAUCUGCACUAACACGCUUGAAGAAUGCUGAGCAAAUCUGUAUUUAUUGAACUAAUAUAAUCGUUAGGAGAGCAACUAGUAUUACAGUUGGAAAAUGCUGCGCGUGUCUGAAUAAACCGCUUGUUCUAAUCCUA